AUGCAUAAACUCACGGCGGGUGCGAUUGACUUGAUAAAUUCAGGAAAAACUGUGGACGAACCCAUUCUGAAAGUGCUAGUGAGUUUCUUUUUCGACUUUCGUCAGUUUUCCCACCAGGGUUAUAAGGCUGUCCCUAGUGAAAGUGGCGGGCAGAAUCGCUACCGAUUGCUCCUUUCCGAUGGCGUCAAAACACACUCGUGUAUGUUUGUGUGCAAAUUCUAUCCUAUUGUUCCAGUCGCUAUGCUUGCUACUCAGUUGAACCACUUGAUAGAGAACGGAAAUUUGGUUAACGACACCGUCGUUCGUAUCAAGAAGUAUGUGUGCAACGUUGUGCAAAACAGCAAAUAUGUUCUGAUUGUACUGGAUGUUGAACUCCUCGGUGUCCAGCAUGAAACAGAUACCAGCCGGCCUCCCUUUCGCGCAGUAUCUGAGAAUGUGUCGGCGCCAUCAGCUGUGAAACCACCAGCCGCUAUGACGCCGACCAGUACGCCUGUGACACCUCCGAAAUCCUCAACAGGACCCUUUCCUGGUGGGCAUCCGUCGACGCCCGGGACUCCUGGUUCUGGAAUGCCUAAAGUGUUCCCCAUCCAGAGCUUAAACCCCUACCAAAACCGAUGGACGGUGCGCGCGCGUGUUUCCCAAAAGUCAUCAAUUCGUACGUGGAAUAAGCAGGGUCGUGAUGGGAAACUGUUCAACUUUACCCUUGUUGAUGAGAGUGGUGAGAUUCGCGUGACAGCGUUCAACGCGGAGGUUGAUAAAUUUUUCGACAUGAUUGAGGUCAACAAGGCUUACUACGUGACCCGAGCGAAUUUGAAAGCUGCCAAUAAGCAGUUCAAUACGACGAACAACGACUAUGAAAUGACUCUAAAUGCGGAUUCGCAAAUAAUCCCGUGUGAGGACGAAGAUAUUACUGCUCUACCAGAGACGCACUUUAAUUUUGUAUCCAUAGGCAAACUGGAUACAUGCGAACCUGGUUCAUUUGUCGAUGUCGUUGGGGUUGUCCACGACACCAGUGAGGUACAAACCAUCAUGGCGAAAGCUUCUCAGCGAGAACUCCGCAAACGGGAGCUUGGUCUCGUUGAUAGUUCUAGGUGCCUCGUACGCUUAACACUGUGGGGCGAUGAGGCUUCCAGUUUCGAUGGCUCACACCAUCCGGUGAUUGUUGUCAAAGGCGCCAAAGUAUCUGACUUUAAUGGACGUUCUCUUUCCGUAAGUUCUACUUCAUCCGUCCUGGUGUCACCAACCAAUGUACCUGAAGCAAUCCGACUAAAAGGCUGGUACGAACUGGAAGGUCACAAAGCCAGUUUCGAUACGUAUAAAAGCGAGAUGCUUGGCUCGGGUAGUGGGGGAGAUUUGGCAGGGCCUGGCUCUACUGCUGGUUGUCUUGGAGGAUGGAAUUUGAUUCAAGACGUUAAAACAUCUGGAGUUGGUACGCACGCAAAGGCUGACUUCUUCACAUGCAAGAGCACAGUUGUAUUUCUCAAGAAAGAAAACUUUAUGUACCAAGCAUGUCCUACGGAGGGUUGCAACAAGAAGGUUAUCGAUACUGGUCACGGGAUGUAUCGAUGUGAAAAGUGCGGGCGCGAGACGAACAAUUGCAAAUGGAGGUUGCUUCUGGCGGCCAAGAUUGCAGACCUGACUGGGGAUCUGUGGAUCACGUGUUUUCAGGAGGCUGCUGAGCAGUUGCUUGGACAAAGUGCAGACAGCCUGGGCGCAAUGAAAGAGUCACAGGAUGAAGCCCAGCUGGAGCGCAUAUUCCUCAAUGCUGUGUUCAAUUCUUGGGUUUUUCGUUUACGUGCCAAGGUUGAUCGUUAUAACGAUGAAGAACGACUGCGAGUUGUUGUGGUUGAAGUGAGGCCUCUGGAUCAUGUGGAUUACGCACGUCGCCUGCUGAAAGCCAUUAGUGACCUUGCGCCCAGUCUUCCUGAUGAAAUAACCGAAUUUACGGCUUGAUUUUUUAACAUUUUCACUCCUGUCGCCGAUCUUUGUAAUCCGAGAAGGCGUUUUAUGUUUGAACCUCAGUGUGUACAGAGAUCAUGUGUCCACUAUAUAUCUGUUCGUCUAUUCGCAUUUAUGUCAUAUCCAGCUAACACUUUUU